AUGGUUUUCAAUCGACAAAAGCAAAAGCCAGCAGAUCUUCAAGUGCCCGUCGUCCCAACAUUCCCUCUUUCUUCGCCCAUCAGCGAAGAAAUCGAGAGUCCGUCAUGUUCGUCUGCAGAGGAUCGAGAUAUAGAGCGCACUCGACCAUUCGAUUUCCUCGUCAAAGCGACUAGACAAAAGGUCGAGAAACGGCAGGCCCUGGCUCGUGAGAUAUCAUCCUUGGGUUUAUCCCAUCGAGAUCGGCAUGGCGAGGCUCCGGGUCCAGGAUCCAGGCUCAGUAUGCGCGGUAUCACCAAGAAGAAGAAGAAGAAUGCCUCGAAACCAGUUGGGCUGAAUCUAGUUACGGAUUUUACACUUUCAGCGCCGCCGAAGAAGCAGAAGCAAAAGGAUCAGGAACAGGAGAAGGAGAGGAGGGAGGAGAAUGUGCCCGCUCCAUUUGUCGACCUGAAUGAUUUGAAGCAGUUGUCCAUGGCUCGUGGAAAGGAGCGGACGGAGCAGACAGAGCAGACAGAGCAGACAAAUCCAUUCCUAAAAGAGGUUCCUCGAUCGCUGCCUUUGCAGCAGCAGCAGAAGCAACUAGCCGACACAAAAAAUGACUCCCCGCAGACUCACAUCAACCCAUUCCUCGACCCCAACCUCCGGGACCCGUUCAGCGAUGGUCUUUCUCCCUCCGACCGAGAUGUCAUGAUAGGUUUGACAGUACCAUAUCUCGAUUCAUCAUAUCGACCAAAGGAGACCGAUGGCACAGGCGACCAGCACACACCACUCACACCGUCCAUAAUAGUAACACCAGCCCGCGAAGAUGCACCAUGGUCAGCACCCAGUCCAGAAACCCUGCGUCCACGCGCAGCAUCCAGCAUCUACUCCCGACCGAUCUCUCGAGUUUGGGGAAAUGAACCAAAUAUACCUCCAGUCCCAGCUAUCCCCGAGGCACACAAGAAGGGCCUAGGCUCGGAUUUCCUCAGCGCCCAUAUCAACGCAAUGACCAGAAAGCGCCGCUCAAUGUCCGCCGAUACAAUCUUCGAAGACGCAGACGUUAGCAGUCCCGAAGACUCACACCCUCGAGGACAUUCACAUAUAUCCAUUGACGACAAUAACCAAGCCCCCCUCGCCAGCCGCCUCAGUGUCAACACUCAAGCCAGUCGUCCCGAAUCGCAGGGAUGGUGGACAUACCUCCUCUCCCCACUCCUCAGCAAAAAGUCACCUUUCAGCCCGAGUUUUCCUCGCGAUGCACUGGUUUCCCCAUCGGCGAAGAGUACACGGGAAUGGUGGGACGAGAAGGAGAAAGAGACCUCCCACUUUUCACCAGAUACCCCGCAAACAGCAGUGAUAAACUGGGAUGAAGGGAACAAGAAUCUCGAACAGUCACGCUCCAUAGACAAUGACGAAGCGACAAUCGUUCAGAAACGCCAGACAGUACUCUCAACGAUGUUCCCGGGUGGAACAAUCCAAGGCGAAGCGGCUGAAUACUAUCAAGCCUGCGCCCACGAACUAUUCAGCAAAGCACCUUUUUUCGAGUGCUAUAAUCACAUCUGCUCUAUCACACCACCCGGGGCUCUCAUCUCGCCUGCAGACUCAUGUCCGGGAGAAACGCGCGAUAGAGGGCUCAUCUUUGCCGAAGCCCACGGUGACAAUGCAGUGGAGGCGGGGAAGGAUCGUGGAAUCGCGACUUCGGAGGGAGGAACUAAGGGUUUACUUAUUGAUGUUGACUCACCAAAGCCGGACGAACACGAGAAGGAGGUGGCGGUAUCUUCGCCGGCGUCAAGCUCGAGCUCGGAUUCUUGGGACUCGCCGCUGAGGGAGGAUAAGGAUGAUGAGAAACAUUUCCCUGAACCGACGCAGGAUUUGUCGAGGGGUCUUGUUCCAGAGCCGCAAUCACAGCCGCAGCCUCAGCCAAAGCAGGUUCAACCACCUGUGCCAGAACCCUUUCAACCACCUGUGCCAGAACCCUUUCAACCUCCCCCGCAAGCUCCUGUCUAUCAGCCGCCUCCGCAGGAACCUAUCGCACCACCAGCUCCAGCGCCUAUCUAUCAACCUUCAGCCCCCGAACCUGUACCGCCGCCUCCAAAGCCUCCUCAAGAGAUACUCCCAGCCCAACCUCCACAGAUAAUACACAAUUAUUACGGUGCACCUCAAGAACCGGCACCUAUGCCGCAGCCUGUUCCUAAUUAUGGGCCUGUCUUUCCUCCACAUAAUGAAAUGCCACCACCCCAGCAAUUCCAGCCGGAACCACAACAGUUUCAUCCUCAACCCCAAACUCAGGUUUCUGACUGGCCAAGGGCUCCUCCUCCUGCUACAGAUCGGGGUUUGGGAACGGACAGUGUGUCUGACCCACCAGCGCAUUCAAAUGAGCCCAUCUCUCCAGGCUUCCAACGUGCAGCGGCAGGCCCAGGUGCUAUUCAGCUAUCCGAAGUGAAUCGCAGCGGGAACAACGAGACGAACCGUGAUACGAACCAUGAUAUCAAUGCACCGGCACCGGCAUAUAGUCAAUACCCCAGGGAAGAUCACCAAGAAGUCCGUCUCCCUCCACAGUAUGAUCUACACCUUGCACCAGGCGCAUCAGUAAUGAACCCCGAUGGCCGGGUAGCCCCGAUGGAAGCUCGACGCCGCAGGCUAGAACGUGAAGAUGCAGCCGGAAGAAAGGUCGGUGGAUUCUGGCGCGGCCGGGGCUGUUUCAGCAAGAAAGGCUGUUUUGGACGACCAGGGCGAGAAGGCCGUCUCCGAAGACGAUGGUAUCUAGGAAUAUGCACUUUAUUCCUAAUAAUCAUCAUCGUGGCAAUCGUUCUCGCAACAACCCUGACCAGGAAAGGAGAUGAUACCCCCGUCCAGUCCAACUGGCUCAAUCUGACCGGCUACCCACCCAUGCCAACAGGUAUCGCCACGAUCGCAGGUACAGAGACCCAGGAUUCGACAUCGACAUGUAUCCAGCCCUCAUCUCUAUGGAGCUGCGCUCUGCCAAAGGACCAACAAUCUGAUAACAAGCCCUACAAAGGCGGCGAGCCUACCUUCCGCAUCCAAAUCCUCUUCCGCAACGGCUCAUACGAGAACAGCACCGCCGUCAGCACAUCUUCACGAAAGUUCCGCCGCGGAGACAUCGACUGGAAUCCAUCUCCAGAAACACCCGCUCUAGCCGAACAGUCCUUUCUGGGAAAUACCACAGACGGAAACUCAGCCCCCUACGCCGGCGAAGAAACACCCUUCUACAUGACUAUUCUCUCCCCAGCACACCUAUCCACCGCAGACAUCUACCGACGAAGCAAUUCCUCAUCAUCCUCAACCUCAAAUUCAAAUUCAACCGGAAUCAAAGCCUCAAACCUAACAAGCAUCUUCCCACCCCCCGAAGAAUCAAACGACGGAACCCCAUCCCCAGCAACCCUCUACCCCCUCGUCUCCUCCCAACCAAUCCGCCUCUACAACCGCAACAAAGACAACGAACACUACGGGUUUUACACAUACUACGACAAAUCAAUCUUCCUCUCCUCCCGAUCCCCACUAGACAACAGCCCCAUAGACAAAAACACCGACGACACCAAUGGCGGAAGUACACAAUCGGAUUCAGUGACCCGAUGCACCUGGUCCCAAACGCGCUUUCUCGUGCAAAUAUGGACAAGGCCGGAUCGUAUGAGUAGGGAUUUACUCCCCGCCAACGGUGGAGGUGGGGGUGCUGGGAGCGCGAGCGCGAGCAAAACCGCAUCUACUUCAACGGCAACAUCUACAUCAUCGACGUCAACAUCUUCCUCCUCAGCAACAGAUUAUACAAGACCCGGCUCAUUCCCGUAUCCGGUUACGAUCACACUAGAUCGACAUGGCGGCGAUGAGGUGAAGAAAUUGGUUUAUUGUUAUGGGGUUCUGGAUGGUGGGGAGAAGUACAAUGUUACGGAGAAGUUGUUGCAGGUUGAGGAUCGCGGGGUUGGGGGAAGUUUGGUUAACCCUGUCACGGGGGGUGAUAAGGAUGGUGGACUUCCAGGAAUUGAUGGGGGGAGUGGAGGGUGUGGGUGUGAGUGGGUUAAUUGGAUUUCGACGGGGUGA